AUGAUUGACGAGGCAUUUACCGCUCGUCCACAAGGCGAACCUCAAGCUGAUACUGUAGCUACCAAUGAUGCUCUAGACGACGUUUUUGGCUCGGAACCUUCAUCCCCUACAGAUUUUCGUCAUAAUGAUGAGUCAGCAGCACCACACCCCUCAGACAUUCGCCGGUUGCAAACAGAGCACACAACUGCUGGAUACCGGGAGGGCAUUACCGUUUCAAAAGAAAGCAGUCUUCAAGCUGGAUUUGACGAGGGAUUCAGCCUUGGCGCAAGCGUUGGCAUGAGAGCAGGUCAAAUUCUGGGUUUGCUCGAAGGCAUCAACGAAGCGGUUCGUGGUCUUAACGAAUCAGAUUCUUCCAAGAUCGCCGAACUCCUGAAACAAGCACGCGAAGAACUUAGUACACAAGGCUUGUUCACACCUGAGUAUUGGUCUGAAGAUGGUAAUUGGAAAUAUGAAGUCACUCAAGCUACAGGGGCCGAAGAUGUUGUGUUCUCAGAUGUAGCUGAUGCGCAUCCACUUUUAAGGAAGUGGACGCAGAUUGUGGAUGAGCGAGUGGCCAUGUGGAAGAUAGAUAGGAGCAUCUUGGAUGAUGAGACUGGGGUUAGGUUGGAGAGGGAUGAACCACUUGGUUCCGGGGCUGCGCUGACGGCAAAGAAGCCGUUAGAUUGGUGA